AACUUUUCGGACAGUAAAGUACCAAAAAAAUUUGUAUAGAACUUUUACGGCUUUUCAAAAUUUUCGGUAAAUUUAUCGUGUGAAAAAACGUAAAAAAAAAAGAUAAAAUAUGGAUUACGGUCAAGCUAACGGAAAUGGUCAAUAUCAGUCUAUGGAAGGCUACGGUAUGUCCGCUCCCGACGGCCAGGCACCAGAGAUGGGUCAGGAAUUCCUUCAGCCGCGUGGUUAUGGCGGUGGACUGCAGUCCUAUGACGACUCGAGGAACUGUCAGAGCGGAUCGGCUUCCUUUGGAGGUCCCGGCUACCGCAGCCCACUGCGAUACACAAAAGUCUUAAGAGAAAUGAACUCGCGCAACGGACUCUACUCGCCAACGGAUCAGCGCUCGGGCAGAGGAAACGGCGACUAUUAUAGCUCGUUGCCAGGUAUUGGUGGUGCCGAGGGCCAAAUGUACGGCCAGUCCCGUCAAGGCGGCGGCAACCCUUAUUACUAGUCCCAAUAUAUCUAUAUUUGAGUGCGCACCCGUUUGCUGGCUUUGAAUAAAUUUGUUUCUUAUAUUUCA